GGAGUCUGAGCCGGCGGUUGCAGUGGAGGCGGUGAUGUCGGUGCAGGUCGUGUCAGCAGCGGCUGCCGCGAAGGUGCCUGAGGUGGAGCUGAAGGACCUGAGCCCCUCCGAGGCGGAGCCGCAGCUGGGACUGAGCACGGCGGCCGUGAGCGCCAUGGCCCCCCCAACGGGCGGCGGGGACCCUGAAGCUCCAGCUCCCGUGGCGGAGCGGCCCCCGGCCCCUGGCCCGGGAUCGGGGCCCGCUGCGGCUCUCAGCCCAGCCGCUGGGAAAGUGCCUCAGGCGUCGGCCAUGAAGCGGAGCGACCCUCAUCACCAGCAUCAGAGGCACCGCGACGGCGGCGAGGCCCUGGUCAGCCCCGACGGCACCGUCACCGAGGCGCCGCGCACGGUCAAGAAGCAGAUCCAGUUUGCUGACCAGAAGCAAGAAUUCAACAAACGUCCCACCAAAAUUGGACGUCGCUCUCUGUCUCGCUCCAUUUCUCAGUCAUCUACUGACAGCUAUAGCUCAGCUGCUUCAUAUACAGAUAGCUCUGAUGAUGAGACAUCUCCCAGGGACAAGCAGCAAAAGAACUCUAAGGGAAGCAGUGACUUCUGUGUCAAGAACAUCAAACAGGCGGAGUUUGGACGAAGAGAAAUUGAAAUUGCUGAACAAGAAAUGCCGGCACUGAUGGCUUUGAGGAAGAGAGCUCAAGGAGAGAAACCUUUGGCCGGAGCCAAAAUUGUGGGUUGCACACAUAUCACUGCUCAGACUGCUGUGCUUAUGGAAACUCUGGGCGCUCUGGGGGCACAGUGCCGAUGGGCUGCCUGCAAUAUCUAUUCCACUCUCAAUGAGGUGGCUGCUGCUCUAGCAGAAAAUGGAUUUCCUGUGUUUGCCUGGAAAGGAGAGUCAGAAGAUGACUUCUGGUGGUGCAUUGAUAGAUGUGUGAAUGUGGAGGGCUGGCAGCCAAACAUGAUCUUGGAUGAUGGAGGGGAUCUUACUCACUGGAUUUAUAAGAAGUAUCCCAACAUGUUUAAGAAAAUCAAGGGCAUAGUGGAAGAGAGUGUUACUGGAGUCCACAGGCUGUACCAGCUAUCCAAAGCUGGGAAGCUAUGUGUUCCAGCCAUGAAUGUCAAUGACUCAGUCACCAAACAGAAAUUUGACAACCUCUACUGUUGCCGUGAAUCAAUUCUUGAUGGACUUAAAAGAACAACAGACAUGAUGUUUGGUGGGAAGCAGGUGGUAGUCUGUGGCUAUGGAGAGGUGGGGAAGGGGUGCUGUGCUGCCUUAAAAGCUAUGGGCUCCAUUGUGUAUGUAACUGAGAUUGACCCCAUCUGUGCUCUUCAAGCCUGUAUGGAUGGAUUUCGACUGGUGAAAUUAAAUGAGGUCAUCCGACAAGUGGAUAUUGUUAUUACCUGUACAGGUAACAAGAAUGUGGUAACCAGAGAGCACUUAGACCGUAUGAAGAAUAGCUGCAUCGUUUGUAACAUGGGACAUUCCAACACGGAGAUUGACGUGGCGAGUCUUCGGACACCAGAACUGACCUGGGAGCGAGUGAGAUCCCAAGUUGACCAUGUAAUAUGGCCUGAUGGCAAGAGGAUAGUGUUGCUGGCAGAGGGCCGUCUGCUAAACCUAAGCUGCUCCACAGUGCCUACAUUUGUGCUCUCGAUCACCGCAACUACUCAGGCUCUUGCCUUGAUAGAACUCUACAAUGCUCCUGAGGGUCGCUAUAAGCAGGAUGUCUACCUGUUGCCCAAGAAAAUGGAUGAGUAUGUGGCCAGCCUACACCUGCCCACCUUUGAUGCCCACCUGACCGAGCUGACAGAUGAACAGGCCAAGUAUCUGGGGCUCAACAAGAAUGGGCCCUUCAAGCCCAAUUACUACAGGUGCCUUGAACUCCCCAUAAAAUAGGGAAGCCUGAGUAGUGAUGAGCUUCCUGCACUGGAAUUGGUCUUUUCAUCCAUCACCAUAUUUACAUGAACUCAGGAAAAUAAACCCACUCCCCCUCACUACCACCCCCAAAUGAUUCUUUGAGGCCUUCUCCAGACAUUAAACAGUGUUCCCUUUCCUGAAUUUGCCACUUCAUCUUCUUGAUAUGAUGUUUACCCCUGUAUGGAGAAAAACUGGCCUUCUUCAUUGAUGUGAAAAAGCACCACAUUUAUCUACCCUCACCAUACACUGCAGAAAAGUCCCUGCCUCCCCGUUGUACCUUUAGGCCGGCUCUUCAUGUCCCAGCAUCCCCACAAGCUGAUAACAUCACAGUCUCAUCUUUCUUUUUUCCUGCAGGUAUUAAGUUCCUGUAACUCAAGCCAGAAGAAGUUUUAAGGAAUAGAACUCCAAGUCUUUUCUCCACUCCUAUACAGGAAAGAACCCAGCAAGCUGCUUCUCCAAUCAGCUGCCUGCCGUGCUCACCCUAUAUGUUAGGUUAUUUAUUUAUUAACCUAAAUAAUAAAUGUCGCCUUGGCCCAGAGUGUGGUUGCUGUCCUGAGGGCUGCGAGAGCCGCAGAGGACAGGCUGAGGAAGGAAAGAAAUGGGGUUCCCAGUGGAUCUUUUGAGUCAUUCCCCACUGACUCGGAAUCCUCAGCACUGGGCAUUGUUCUCUUGUCCAGGCUCAGGAGUUAGUCCAUGGAUUCCAGACUCCUCCUUCUCUGAGGUUUUCUGGAAUAAAUUUUUAGCAGCUGCCUUUCUCAGCUUUGGCCAUUCCCCAGGUGAGGCCUUUUGGAAGCCACUGAAUUAACAUGGCCUGGGUUCCCAGCCUUGACCAUCACUAUCACUGCCUUCUUUAUAAAAUGGAAGGAAGGAAGGAGUGUUGUGGCUUUGGCAAGCUACACAAAGAACUCAGCUGUGCCUCUGUUUCCUGGGAGUCUCCUUCCUUACCCAGGACUCCUUUCUUCUCCUUGAAUAUUUAUGUCCAUUUUAACAAUUUCAGGUUCCAAGAGGAAUGUGCCUCUAUUAUUUCCUCAACAGCUCUGAUGUUUAUCAGACAUUUGUUUUGCCCUCUUUCUAACCCAACUAGCCUCUGCUCAGGAAGUGAGGGCCAGCCCCACUGGGGCCCAUAAUUUUACUUCCUUGUCAUUUAACUGGAUAAUUUCCCAGGAAGCUCCCUACAGAUUGGCACUGUCUCAGAAAAGGAGGCUUGUUGUGAAACACUGCUUCCUGAAACUUCCUCCUAUUGCCUAAAACUCCUUCUGAAACUGAGCAGGGAAAGGCUUACUUUCCAAGGGAUUUGGGAGAGCAGGGCUUCAGAAAUGCGACAGAUCUUUCAGACCCACAGCUCAACACCCUAAAGAAGCAGAAUAUAUUUAUUUGUCUCCUGGGAAGGGCUUUGCAGCUUAACUGGCUAAGCUAUACAGAGAUGACACCCUAAACUGAAUCCAGAUGAUCAAAGCUAGUUUGAACGUCGUCAGACAUUCAUCCCUUUGGCCAUUGCCAUUGAAUAUGAAACUGAGAUCUAACGUCUCUGCAAUUUGGUCUGUGGUCUUUCUUCUCUGCUGGGAUAUCUUUUUAUGUUCUGGCCAUCUUGGGAUUCUGUAUUCCAGAGGUAGUUUCUUGAGUAACUCCAACAUUACAAAAAAUUUGUAAUGUGAGCAGCCUGAAAUUUUGUGUCCCACCUAAGAGUUGGAUUCCUUUUAGAGACUGACCUGUUGGUCUUAAGGGUUCCAUUGGGACCAGAUUGGUUCUAAGAGUUAAAGUCUGGAGUGGUCCUAGGAAUCUUGAAUGAAAUGAGUCCUUUUUCCCCCUGCUAACCCUGUUUAACACUCUUAGUUUUGUUUUUCCAUUUUUCCCCUAUCCUGGUCUGCCUCAAAGUCUCAAGACCAAGGUGACCCAAGGAAACACCAGACCACCCACGAUCACCAUAACCUUCCCACCCUAAUUCUGCUCUCCGAUUUCUACCUUCUCCAACUUCUCCUGGUCUUCACAUAUACCCACAGAGCUAGUCUGGAAGUGACCUUCCCUUUGGAGGUAGGGAGGUGGAUCUUAGGUAAAUGGUUGUUUGCCUCACUAAAUAGUACACAGUCUCAGCCCAUAGAAUCUAGUUCCUCAGAGGCCCGUAUGUCUUAGAAAGUACUGGAAAAAUGCCACAUGCGUGGCUAUAUUCUUUCAUGGAGAAGAUCAUAAAUGCUGAAAAUCCCACUAGGCCAUUCAAUUCUUCCUUUUGCCCACCCUAUUCUGGCUUUUGUUUUAAUUAAUUGGAUCCCUUUAACAGAAGAUUCAGAAGAUGAAAUUUGUGUCUCAUCUUAUAUCCAGAGAAGAUUCCAUUAGGCAGAUAUCUGGACUCUAGCUUAUUAUGUUCUUAAGCCAAAGUCAUAACCUGCUGUUUCUCAGCAAAGCCUGGCUGCCUGUGGAGCUUACUAUGUGCUGAUCCUGACAGGACAUACUCUGCCUUGAAAAUGUGAAGAGACCCAUUCCAAAUGAAAAAGAGCCACACUGGGCUUCUAGGUUAGGUUGCCCAUGUUGCUACCCAUGGUGAGGUAUUUGCCUCUGAGUUUCAGGUGACCACUCUUCGUCUCUUUCUGGGGACUCUGUGUCAUAACCAUUAAGGAAAAGGAGGUCCAGGCCUCCUGAGUAUUUGGGUUCUACCUUGGUGUUAGAAUUUGGUCGUUAUUCUUUCUGCCCGUGUAAUCAGAACAAAUGCAUCUUCUUCCCUCGAGCUCUCACCUCAGAUUCAUCCUAGGUAUCUGGAAGCAUGGGAAAGAAGACUAAUUAUAAUUAGCUCUUUAUAUGUGACCCUGGCCUGUGGGGAAUCUUACCAUUUUCUCUGCAGUGAAUUUGUGCUAGUUUUCAAGGUUUUUUGCCUUCUUAAUGGAAAUACUGUUUUCUUUUUCUCAUUAAAAAAAAAAGUAUCUGGUCUACCUUUCCUCUGCCCUCCUACCUCCUCAUCCUCCCCUCCCAUAUGAGCACGGCUCCCCAUGGCCACAUACUCCUGCAAAGCUUUUUUGCUGCUUGGCUUUUCUCUGAACAGAUCUGAAAUUGCUGCUCCUGUGGUUUUCUCAAAAUUAACUUUGUCAUGGUUUUAAAAAAGAAAUCAAAAUGCAUUGUUGCAUUAAGCUUUUUUAAUAAAGGAAAAUUACAGGAAAAAAUAGGCAACACCAGCAAAUUAUAUGUGGACAAGUUCUAAACUAUAUAUACAUACAUAUAUAUGUAAAAUUAUCUAGUUCUCAUUGUCAUCUUACUGAAAGGAAAUAAAACCUCUAAAGAUUGCCAUAUCUGAGAGGCUCUUGGAAAUCUUUAUGUCUAAGUGAUUGUAUUAGAUCAGCAAUAAUGAAUAUGUAAUCUCAAAAGAUAAAUAAAAUAUUCUUAAAAUGGA